AUUCCUCCCGAUGGUUCGUGAAGAAGACUCGAAAUGGCUUUUCUCAGGGACGGAGAGAUUCAGCUGCGACAUCCAUCAGAUGUUGGGAUUCUACCCCGGGAUCUACUGGAGAGUCUGCUGGAAAUACGUGGCUCCGGUCUUCCUCCUGCUGAUCGUCGCGAGCGGGCUGUGGGAUUACAAGCCGUUGACGCAUCAGGAAUACUCGUACCCGGCGUGGGCGGACGGCCUCGGAUGGCUCAUAGCCGCUUCCUCCUUUUCCUGCAUUCCCCUGGUCGCACUCUUUCUUCUCCUCACCACUCCGGGACCCCUCCGCCAGGUCUUUUCCCUUCCGAUCGUCUUCGUCUUUCGAGUUCGUCCGAACCAGAGUACGAGGACCGAUCCGUUUGUUUCCCCGGCAGAGGUUGAGGAUCCUCACGACACCUUGGAAGGAUCGUCAAGCGAGCGUCGGGGUCGUGAAGGUGACUCAGAUCACGGCGAACAGCACGGAGCCCGCGGGCGACCGCGUGUGAAUUCCCCAUCGCCUUCGUCUCUCUGGCACUCCCGGAACGAGCACGGCAGAUCCACCUUCCUUCCCUCCGUCAACUUUCACGUCGCGUCGCUUCGAUCCGGUCGGGACGGAGCCCCGUGCGUGCGUCUCGGCAGAGUCGCCCGCAUUCCCGUCGUGGCUUCCCUGCGCUUUCUCGCGUUCUCGGACCCUACUUCUCGUGCUCACCGUACAAUCGACCCUACGAUUUCUGGCAGUGUCGUUCGAGCGCUCGGUCGCGAGACUUCGCUUUUCCGCCGUCGGAAUGGUGAUCGAGCCAAUAAAGAAGACCUGGGGAUCCCCUGCUCCUCUUCCUUCGUCACUCGGACGGGACACACCGGAACGUUCCCACGGAUACCGAUCCCGCACUCUCGAUUCGCCGAAAAGGGUCCCCGGCGAGGGACACGUCUUCGUUCGCGGCGACACGGCUCGCAGGCGAUCGAGGAGCUGCCAGACCGGCGUCUGGGAACGUCAUCUCGUUUCCUUAACCCUUUCGGUCUCGAACUUCUGGUCGUCGCUUAA